AUGCAAUCAACAGUCCCCAGACGUGCGUCAACGCUGAGUUCUGCAGCACCAUUGUCUCUCAUAGGUUAUACGGCGGACCUAUACUCAGACUCGCGCAAGCACGGAUACCAGGGACCAGUGAGAAAUGUCCGCUUACACCGUGCAACCACCAAUGGCGGAGGAACGAUAGCGAAGAGUGAAGAUGGUCUAAGAUGCGUCGUUGCAGGACGAGAAUCUCUGCGCAUCUUGCGUCUGUCUGAUCCAGAAGAUGUUAUCAAUAAUGACCAUAAAGCCUCUAUUGGUCGCGGUGGACAUCGUAUCGAAGCGUCGCGGAACGUAUGGGAUGGAAGUGGCUUGAAGAUCGAUAGUGCGAGUACUGAUGUUGCCUGGUGCCAUGGCAGCUAUAACAACAAGAUUCUCACAAGCGCGCGGAAUGGGGAUCUUAUUAUGUGGGAUAUCAACAGGGCUGGCAAUGCCAAGUACGAAAGGAAGACGAAGUUCCAUAUUCGUUCGAUUCACAAGUUAUCCUGCUCCACUAUAGUCCCGUACUACUGUGUUACAGGUUCUGCUGAUGGUGAUAUGCGUGUCUGGGACCUUCGGGACAUGUCUAAGUGCAUCAUGAAGAUCCACCAUCCAACCUCCGUUCGCUCUCUUGUCUUCUCACCAUGUCUAUCCCAUCCCCUUCAAGCUGUUGUAGGUCUUGACAACGGAUCAAUUUAUCGCUGGGAUCUCCAAAUGGGCCAGAGGGGUCAGCUCGACAGGUUACCUGUAGCUCACGCAGGUCCAAUUCUUGCAUUGGACUGGUGUAGCACCCCGGGUACCAACACUGUCGGUGGUGCUAUUGGUGCUGAUAGAAGCUGGAUAGUCAGCGGAGGUUUGGACCAUACUGUCAAAGUCUGGGACCUCGCCACAUCUGGCACGUCUGUUCAUAUUGCACAUCAGCCUACCUAUACCCUACAUCCAUCGUUCCCUGUACGCCGAGUACUCUGGCGUCCUGAGUACCCCUCCGAGAUUGCGCUUGUGUCCAAUGAGGACUUUGGUGGAGGGAGUGGUAGCGAGCUAUUAGCCAGCCCUCGACUGCAAUCCACAACUCCAGCGUUCAUUGCUGCCUCCAAUUCUGUCACUAAAGACAAGGACCCCAAAGGUAGCGGUGCAGAUGUUGUGGAGAUAUGGGAUGUAAGACGCGGCUGGAUUGCUAAAUGGACUGUUGAAGCCAGCGCGUCGGAGGGUGGAGUGACAGAUGCUGUAUUCCGCGACUCACAUGCACUUUGGGUCCAGCAUGCAUCUGGAACAUUUGCUCAAGUUGACUUGCGUAGGUCUGUACGCCCUAUUGAUGCCGUUCCGCGCGUGGCGCUAUCUUGGAAUGUCGGUGUCGACGGGGAUACCGACGGAACAUUGGCUUUUGUCUCAGACAAGAGAGCCAGAUGGGAAGUGCCCUACGAUGAUAUUCACCCUGACAAACGACACGUACUUCCUGAACGAAAGCUCAAACUCAAAUCCCUUGGUGACAAGCCUCGCAUGCCCGUUCUGCAGACUAUGGGUACGUAUGUACGUGGAGGGCUUCUAAACACGGAGUCUGGAGGGCUAUUUGAGCACUUGGCAAGAAAGUACCUUAUCGGGUCUGACGGGAGGAACAGGGCCGCUGUUUGCAAGGUAAACGCCGAGGCGUCUAUUCAAGCGGGAAGCCUGCACGCAGCACAAAUAUGGUUGCUACUUGGCUCUCUACUUACCGACGUCAUUCCAGAGUCCAUCAAAGCUUCACCUCAUUUGGAGAAGACCCACCAGACUAUCGCACACCUCACGCACUCUAAUUCAGCCCCUGCUGCCAUCUCUACAGUUAGCACAAGAUCAGGAUCACAUCCCUCAGGAUCCACAUCCAAACCCACCUCAAACCGUGCCGCAUCGUCCGAUUCUGUCUCUAAGAUGAUCCAACAGACACGCCCUACUUCCACUUCCCCUGCUCAGUCACGUACUGCCAAUGCCCCGCUCACAACUAAACCGCCCCCUAAUUCACGAAACUUGACUCCUGCGUCGUCUACAUCCUCAUCGCCUCGCCACAUCCCCACUUCCCUUCCGCCAGCAUCAGCACUCCCGCCUUCGACAAUUAUGACACCUGCUACGCUAACACCUCGUCGUCCAUCAGUCCUUAUUUCCGCAGCGGCACAGGCACAAGGACAUGCGCGGCGGCCGUCUGUGUAUAACCGUGCGUCUGCAACCCACAGCGAGAGCCCUAGCACACCUAGUAUCAGUGCGAGCGACCGAAGCCUCCGUCACGUAGGCGAAGGCGCCUUGGAUGACUCAGAUUCUUCAGAUGGCGGCGAGAACUGCGUAGUGGUGAGCGCCGAUGCCCCGGACAGCCAUAGUGAAAACGAGAUCGAUGUACCGCCUGAUAUUCCUCGGCGACCCAUCAUGGCAAAGUCAAGGAGUCUUAGCAUGGGUCGCACAGGUCCAGCACAUCCAAGUCCACUCUCCAGACUCGCUGGGCAGCGUUGGACGGAGGAUGAAGAUGACGGUGGUAAGGAGCAUGGGGAUGACGAGGCCAGUCCGUCGCCUGGAUCGACUGAUACUGACGGCGAAGGACAUAGCGGCCCUUCUGUGGCGAGGACACGUCCUAGGAAGAACUCGGCCGCCAAGCGACUGAAGAGCCGUACGCGAGGUGCCACUAUCGCUGUCCUUCCCGCACCACUACCGUCUCCUGUGCAGUCAGUGUCUGAAAUUCCUCAAUUGGUGAAGCGGGCGAGCCACAGUAGCAUUCGUACUGUUACUGCUGGAUCUGUCCGCGAACAGGAGCAAAAUUCCGGGCUCGUACAUCAUGACGAGGAUGCCUCGCAGGCGGACGUAGAGGCGGACGAUUACCAAGCCUGGCGUGGUAUGAGUGAAUCUAGACGUCACGCUGUGAUGGAGGAAGAAGCUCAGCUCCGCGAGGCAGCAUGGCACGCACUGAGAGAGGCGCUUGAAGAAUUUGCAGAAGCAGGUGAUGUUCAGAUGUGCGCUAUGCUGGCUCUCAUUGCAGCGAAGGAACUGCAGAUUAGCCAGAGGAGAGGUUUGCAGUUCCUAGAGGCAUAUAUCGAACUACUCACUCGCCUCCGACUGCACACCUGUGCCUCUUACUUGCGUAAAUGCAGCGAUUUUGAGGAUGUUAAACAUACCACUAAGCUCGAAACCAUCAUUUAUACUGCCUGUGGACGUUGUCGAAAACCAAUCCUUCUUUCGCGCGCUCGAACAGUGACAGGAGCUCACGCAUUAUGUAUGACAUGCAAAAGCGCGGUUGUGAAGUGUUCGAUAUGUCAUCUUCCCGUCCGCACACUCCUUUUCCAAUGUUCUGUUUGUACACAUGGUGGGCACCAAGAGUGCUAUAGGCGAUAUCACAUGGAGCGCCCGAUGGUCGAUAUCCCAACCUCUUUAUCUGCGCGAGGGCGUUCGCUGAUUAGAGAUCGAGAUGAUGAUGGGGAGGAGGGAGAGGGGGUAGCCAGCUCUGAGGACCGGGGGGAGAGGACACUGGCGGGCCAUCCGUGUGCAGCCGGAUGCGGUCAUUACUGUUGGACAGCUGUGGGCGGGCACCCAGGCGCAGAGGAAAAUUCAUGA